AUGGAAGCAUCCCAAGCAGGGUCCCCGUCCCACGCCGCGGCUGACACCAUCCGCGAGUGGGUAGCCAGAUUUGUGCCAACCACACCAUUGUCACAGCGAGCAUUCGACCUUGCUCAACAUAGUCUCCCACAACCGAUCCUAAACCACAGUCUCAGAGUCUUCAUCUUUGCCAAAUGGCUGGCGGAGAAGGAAAACAGCUCAUUGGCCAGCGACGAACAUCAGCUGGACUUACUCUUUGUCUCCUGUAUCUGCCAUGAUCUAGGGGCUACUGAUCGCCAUAAUGGACCGGAAAGGUUUGAAUGUUGUGGAGCUGAUGCUGCUGUCUCUUUUUUGGAGUCUCAGAGUGUCAGCAAGGCAGACGCACACCAAGUCUGGACCGCCGUCGCGCUGCACACCUCACCUGGUAUCGCCGAGCGAAUCGACCCUUUCACAAGGUUAGUGCGCCUGGGGGUUCUGCUCGACUUUCGGCCACGCAGUAGAGUCGAACAUGGUGCGGACGAAUACUUCAAUGAGAUUGUGGCGGAAAUUCCUCGUGUGGAUAUCGAGAAAUACCUGGGUGACGCCGUUGUCGCGCAAGCAGUCGCAAAUCCCGACAAAGCACCAGCUGCAUCUUGGCCAGGUGUUCUUUUGCGAUCUCAUCUAGAGGACCCAACAUGGAGUGGAGUGAAUCGUGCCUUCUAG